GAUUUACAUCUUAAAUUAUUUCCACCAAUACCUUGCUCCAAUCACCAUACCAGCCUAUGACUUGACUUUCUUUCUAUCGAUGCUGUCUAAACUAAGACUCAACUCGCCAGGUGCCUUGGCGAGACACUGCUUCCGUUAUUCUAAAGGUCGGUUUCAGUUUUCGUCUACUCCAUUGACGAAUCGAAGCGAUAGUCAACUCGGGGCCAAGGACAACCCAAACCUCUUCGAAGACGAAGAGACAGAGACAAAGACAGAGGAGCAUGUUACUCGCGUAAAGUCACUUAUAGGCAUUGUCGACUUAGAUUCGUUUCGUAGAGACGCAUGGGUCCCUGAAACCCCGUUGCUUCUUCAAAACUUUCAUAACUUACCAGCCAUGAAGAAAUGGUUUCAGCACACCCGUUCCUGGACCAGCUUCUCAAGCUACAUGCAACCAUACGAAUAUCUCCUCCUUCCGUAUGAAUUAACUGUUCCCGAAGCUUCCCCCGAAGAGGAGGACUCGGCGGACAAUGUCCUAGAUUGUUUUCUUGCAUGGUUGUAUAAGUCCAGCGAGGAUCAGAAGCCACGUCUGAUGAUAAGUCUUGAUGCUAUAACUCAAGCGUUAAGGGGCGACCACCCGUUUCGAAACUCAUCUGGUUUCCAACAGUUCAAUGCGCCCUUGGGCUUGAUCAUGAGCGCAUCUCAAUUCAAUAAGACCCAAAAAGAACCCUCUAAGCGUAUCACAAGCCUCUAUGUUGCUCAAUCUGACCUUAACGACCUGCCUGGUCCCCUUUUCCAAGACUUGCCUGUGCCUGAUAUUGUCAAAUACGCCGGUAAGGGAGAUAUAUACAAUUCGAGCAUCUGGCUCGGAUUACAGCCUACCUACACACCUUUACAUCGAGAUCCGAACCCGAAUUUGUUCUGCCAGCUGGUAGGCUCGAAGAGAGUACGUCUGGCAGCACCAGACCAAGGCGAUGACAUAUACGCUCGUGUUCGCACCCUGCUCGGCUCUUCGGGUAAUUCACGACUUCGGGGUACGGAAAUGAUGGAGGGUCGCGAACGCAAGUUACUUGAAUUUGCUGUAGAGCCUUUAGAUGAAGUCCUAUUGAAGCCCGGUGAUGGCUUAUUCAUUCCGAAGGGGUGGUGGCAUCACGUUGUCAGCAAUGGUGACGAUGGGGAGUUGAACGCUUCAGUAAAUUGGUGGUUCAGAUAGCAUCCAUAUCCUUCAAAAGCUCUUCGCAUGAGUUAUAAUAAGCGACGUACUCUAACUAGUAGAUAAUUACCUAAGGUACCUAGGUACGUAAAGGCGUUUCCAAAGUCGAUCUACAUAAUAGAGUAUAUCCAGCGUCACCCCUUAAAUAUGCUAUGUUUUAUGGAUAAUACUCUCGCUGGUAUCAUGUAUGAUAGGAGAUUUGCAUAACUUGGAUAUUAUAACCUAGGUAUCCUAGAUUAAAUACAUAUCAAGAAAAGACAGCAAAGGACCAUUCGCGGCAAGUCUUAACUAACGAGACCGGUGAGCCUGUUGGCUAGCCAAACAAUGUUAGAGGGGCUCGUGGAGACACAGAUGAGGAGAAGGACCUAGGAAACGUGUCAGUUGUAAAUUGUUCCAGAAGUCUUGUCUUAUUGUCUGAUCGGUUGAAUAAGUCUUACUACUAAUGCACAUCCGUCUCCUCGUGCUCGCAGACUGAAGGCUCGCAUUAACAAAUAGAAUGUGUCCGAUGAGGCUAGAGAGAAAGCAAAGGAGAAGUUGAAGAACGUGGAAAAGUAGAUAGU